CUUAUCACUAGGAUUGGCAUGGCUGCUGUGACUCGGGCUGUGACGCUAAUGACUCCACUCCCCUUUCUGCUCAGACGUUUCCACUACUGCCGAGGCCCCCUAAUUGCCCACUGCUACUGUGAGCACAUGGCUGUGGUAAGGCUUGCCUGUGGAGACACUCGCUUCAACAAUAUCUAUGGCAUUGCUGUGGCCAUGUUUAUAGUGGUGUUGGACCUGCUCUUUGUUAUCUUGUCUUAUAUCUUCAUCCUUCGAGCAGUUCUACAGCUUGCCUCUCAGGAGGCCCGUUACAAGGCCUUUGGGACAUGUGUGUCUCACAUAGGUGCCAUCUUGUCCACCUACACACCUGUGGUCAUCUCCUCAGUCAUGCACCGUGUGGCUCGCCAGGCUGCCCCUCAUGUCCACAUACUCCUUGCUAUUUUCUAUCUUCUUUUUCCACCCAUGAUCAACCCCAUCAUUUAUGGCAUCAAGACCAAACAGAUUCGUGAUCAUGUGCUCAGUCUAUUUCAAAGAAAGAAUGUGUAGAUGCAUACUUUUUCCUUAUCUAUCAGUUCAG